AUGCAAGCCGAACUCGACAUCAAACUCACGCCCGCCGAACGGCCGACAGAACAGGGUCAACGCCACAUUCUCGUUGAUUCGCCGUCGUCUCAUACUUCCAGAUAUGUCAGAACCGUCUUGCGGCGCCCCUUCGAGGAAAUGCAAGAUCUGGACAACUUCGUCUUCAACCCUUGCACCGAUGCGCGAGCUGGAGCCACCGACCUUGACCUAAAUCUGCCAAGCGCUACAGCUCGCUUUCUCCAGGACAACGACGACGAACUGAGGUUGCGUAUCCAGAAGGCCUUUUCAGUGGAAGUGGACAUCCGAAGCUUUGGACCGCGAACCACCGCCUUCAUCACCGGCGACACUGGUCACGAUGUAUCCCGCGCCAGAGACUUUAUAAACUCUAUUGAUCUUGGCCCAGUAGAGCCGUCGCAAUCCCAACCAGACCAGCCAGAGAGACCGCUCGCGACUUCACCUAAGCCAUCGUCUAUACCCUCGCCGCCAACUCAGUCAAGUCCUCGGCCAAUUCCUCAAUCCGUCUCUCAGUCAAGUCUUCAGCCAAAACCCACGAUUCUUGAGGACGUAUACAAGCCAAGUCUCAAGGACGACUACAAGGCCACCAUGCGUAGCGUUCCUUCUAGCGUUGUUGUUUUGACCACUCGUGUUCCGUCAGCAGAGUCAAACAUCGACUCGCUCCGUGGAAUGACCUUGUCGUCCUUGAGUUCCACCACUCUUGAACCGGAACCCAUCGUCUCAUUCAGUAUUCGUGGUCCGAGCCGUACGCUUGACUGCAUCAUCGCCGGCCAACCUUUCACUGUCAACUUCCUCGGGACCCACCCCACAGCCGCUUCCAUUGCCGACAGUUUUUCCAAGCCUCACGACGACCCUUCCCAACCUUUUCGUACCAUCCUGGCCUCAGGCUGGGCCGAGUCCUUCGACGACCAAGCUAGUCCAGCUAUAAAGAGCGACCACGUUCCUGCCCGCUUCACGUGCAAGUUGUUGCCCGGCAAAUCCCUUGGUGUUGGUGAUCACACUGUUGUCUUUGCCCGAGUUACCCAGAUCUGGAGAGCUACGAGCGUAAAGAGCUCCAAACACCCACGUACCUUCCUUGCUUACGCCCAAGCCGGAUACCGCUCACUUCAUGGGUUCCAGAUACCAUUGACCAACGUGGAACCUCUGGAGCGUGCACAGCCUGUCAAGCUCAUUCCUGAAUCAGAUCAAAAAGUCUCGAUAGAAGACACGCUCGACAGGCGCACCGUUAUCGAAGGUUUUCCGCCCACAGUACAAGCCAAGGAAGUAGGGCACUAUUUGAAGAACGCUGGCUUCAACAUCACUCGUCUGAGAUCGAACGUCGUUGGGCGCAGAAAUACGGGGUAUUUCAGAGUCAGGUUCGAUUCGGUAGAGGAUGCCGAGAGAGCUGUGCGCACGCUUGACGGUGCCGUUUUCAUGGGUCACUCCCUCAAAGUCCGCGCGGCACAAGAAAAACCUACACCUGCACCACAGCGUCCGCAACCGAAAGCAACGACAAUGAAAUCUCAAAUCUUGGACGACUCCUUGUCCACUGGGCUCUCUCCCGCUGAGCCCACUUCUACUGAGGCCGCUUCCACUGAGCCUCCUUUCACCGAGCUCGCUUCCAAUGAGCUCUCUUCCACCAAUCCUACCUCCACCGGGUCCGGCGAUGGCGAUGUUGUCGACGCAUAUUGGCGAAUGGCUUUGGAUGGAGAUAACGAAGACGAUGUGCUCGAAGAGCGCGCCGCUGACCAGCGUGCAUUAGGCGAGGCCCAAAAACCUGCCGAUUAUCCUGCCGCUGACACCAAGGGCAACAAGCAGGAUAACUGA